UAAUGAAUGUGCAAUACAGCAUAGAUCCUUACAGUCUUCCGGAUCAAGGUGGAGAUCAAGGCAUUCUUCAGGAUCCCUACGGAGCAGAGCAAGACCCCUAUUACGGCAACGGAAACAUCCAACCCGAAGGCGGAAUCCUGCCUGAUGACUACCAACAGGGUGGUAUGAUUUACAACGAUGGUCAACAGAUGGAUCCAGGGGUGAUGGUGCCUCCGAGUGCACAGAUGCCAGAGAGUCCCUAUCUGGGCCAGCUGAUUUUUGAGAAACAGAGUCUGGACCCGAGCAUGUGUCCACAAGCGUCAGCUCUUUUAGAUAUUGAAAUAGAGCGUCUUCGUAACGAAUCUAACCCGCGAGAGCAUAGAUUCCCAGAACCCAUGAUGGCAAACCCAUAUGAACACAAAAUCAGGCUGAUGCAGAAGAUUGCGAUGCCUCUUAACAUGUAUCCGAAUCUGAAUUUUGGCGGUAAUAUAAUCGGAAAAAGUGGAGAAAAUAUCCUGAAGUUGAAGGAAGAGACAAAGUGCAAAAUCAUGAUAUUCGGACGUGGAUCAAUCAACAACAGAGAAAAGGAAAGCAGUCUUCUGAACAGUGGGGAUCCGAAGUACGCCCACUUGUGCCAGGACCUGCACGUACACCUGGAGACAUUUGCAUUCCCACAGCAGGCAUAUGAAAACAUGGCCAAAGCAGUUGCUGCAAUCACCAAGUGCUUCAACGAUUUGAUUGAGCAGUCCGGCUUUUCUCCUAUGACCCAGGGUGGAGGACCCAUGCGCCGAGGAGGUGGAAUGGGAGGAGGGGGCAGAGGUGGCGGUCGAGGAGGGGGAGGAGAUCGGAUGAUGGGAGGAGCUAGCCAGUUCGGCGGAGGAAACAGUUUUCGUGGUGGUCACAGAGGCGGAAGGGACAGCAAUGGAGGAGGCGGCGACAGAGAUAGAAACGGAGGUGGUGGAUUUGGAGGCCACCGCGGCGGUGGUAUGGGAGGGAGAUGUGGUGGCGGUAUGGGACGAGGGGGGCAGAGGGGAGGGGGUGGAUUUGACGGAGGUCAAAGAGGAGGUGGGGGAAUGAGAGGCGGUGGCGGAGAUCGAAGGGGAGGAGGGGGACAGCAAAGAGAUUUUGGAGGACGGGGAGGAAGCAGAGGAGGAGGUUCCGGUGGAUCCAGCGCGCGUUAUACGCCCUAUUGAUUGAGCGCCAACAAAAUGAAAAUCAAAAGCUGACCCGCUUAGACCACUAGCCCAAAACUGACCUGAUCUCACCUAGAUCUAUUUAAACAGAUCAGACCUUUUCUGAUUGCCGAAGAUAACUUUAAAUGUCGCGUAUAACGGCAAAAGUUUGUAUAAAAUGACCUAAUUGAUAAAGGGAUGAGUUCAGUAACCUAGUGUAUCAGAAAUUUACCAGAUCAGUAAAUCGAAUUACGGCAUAUUAGAGAUAUUUUUCCUGAGCUAAAAUGAAAAGCUAAAUAACGCGCGGCUCGUGAAAAGCAUCAAUUUAUUUCAAUUUUUGUUCAACUUUUUUUUUGAGAAAGACAUAAUUGAACGAUGCAAUAAUUGUGGAAUUUCGUUCGGCUUACUGGUCUGAUCCGCCCGCUUUCGGUUUGCUGAUACAACCAGUUACUGAACUGUCACCUUGAUUACGAUCUUACAUCGAUUGCAAUAUUGCGUCAACCGCGUUAGAGGUCAGAAAUAGUAGAAAAGAAGUAAAACUGACACCAAAAUAAACUGAAAAUGUUCAUUUAAAUGUUCCUCCGAGUAAAAACGAGUCUCCGUGUUUUUAAUAACACUUGCCAUAAAGUGCGUCAUAAAAUUGUAACGAUGCUAAUUCAUUUGUCAAUUAUGGUGGCCCAUCUGAAACAUGUAUAAAACGUAAAAUCCAGUUUUCAUCUCUGUGACCUAAAUCACGUCAUGAUUCGUAAUCCAGUUAUUUAUCUUCAGAAGGGCUGCGUCUUAAUCUAACACACUUAUAAAUCUUGGGCUGCAAAAAAAAUAAAUGUUAGAAGCUUAAACUUCGGAAGUUCUUAUUGUUUUUAUUUAUAAUUCAGUUUGCGUUUUGCUAUAAAAUUUGAAUACACCUGUGAUACUUGUCUGUAAACUUGAUUUUUAUUUUUGAAUAAAAUUCUGAAUGUCGCAAAA